AGCUCAGUGGCGUCCGGAGCCCAAAAGCACCUGUGAGUUCGCGGAAGCCCAGCCAGACUCCAGUCCGGCCGAACCCGGCCCAACCCCCGCCCAGCCUGCCAUGGGCCCCCCGUGCCACAACCUCUCCCCGCUUCUGCUGCUGCUGCUGCAGGUCUCACCGUGGCUCUGCCAGGAGCCGGAGCCCUGCAAUCCUGGCUUUGGCGCCGAGAGCUAUACGUUCACCGUGCCCCGGCGGCACUUGGAGAGAGGUCGAGUCCUGGGCAAAGUGAGUUUUGAAGGAUGCACUGGUCAACCAAGGACAGUCUAUGUUUCUGAUGACACCCGGUUCAAAGUGGGCACAGAUGGCGUGGUUGCAGUCAAACGGCCUUUACAACUUCAUAAUCCAGAGAUGAGUUUUCAUGUCCAUGCCUGGGAUUCCACCCGCAGAAAGCUCUCCACCAAAGUGACGCUGAAGGCACCAGGGCACCACCAUCACCACCACCAUCAUCAUGACUCUCUCUCUGGAACCCAGACAGAAGUGCUCACAUUUCCUGGCUCCCACCAUGGUCUCAGAAGACAGAAGAGAGACUGGGUUAUCCCUCCUAUCAGCUGCCCGGAAAAUGAGAAAGGCCCCUUUCCUAAGGAUCUGGUCCAGAUCAAAUCUAAUAGGGAAAAAGAAACCAAGGUUUUCUACAGCAUCACUGGCCAAGGAGCUGACAAACCCCCGGUUGGUGUGUUUAUUAUUGAAAGAGAAACAGGAUGGCUAAAGGUGACGGAGCCUCUGGAUAGAGAAGCCAUUGCCAAGUACAUUCUCUACUCUCAUGCUGUGUCUUCGAACGGGGAAGCAGUUGAGGACCCGAUGGAGAUUGUGAUCACUGUGACCGAUCAGAAUGACAACAAGCCAGAGUUCACCCAGGAGGUCUUUAAGGGGUCCGUCAUGGAGGGAGCUCUCCCAGGGACCUCUGUGAUGCAGGUCACGGCCACAGACGCAGACGACGAUGUGAAUACCUACAACGCUGCCAUUGGUUACAGCAUUAUCGACCAAGAACCUAUGCUGCCUCACAACAAAAUGUUCACCAUCAACAAGGACACGGGAGUCAUCAGCGUGCUUACCACCGGGCUGGACCGGGAGAGUUUUCCCACGUACACCCUGGUGGUUCAAGCUGCAGACCUUCAAGGUGAAGGCUUAAGCACAACCGCAACAGCCGUGAUCACAGUCACUGACAUCAACGAUAACCCUCCCGUCUUCAGCCCGACCAUGUACCAGGGGUCAGUGUAUGAGAAUGAGGCGAAUGCGGUGAUCACUACGCUCAAAGUGACCGAUGCCGAUGUCCCCAACACCCCUGCGUGGGAGGCUGUUUACACAGUAUUAAAUGAUAAGGAGAAGCAGUUUGUUGUCAUCACAGACCCAGUGACCAAUGAUGGCAUUUUGAAAACGGCUAAGGGCUUGGAUUUUGAGGCCAAGCAGCAGUACAUUCUGUACGUGGCAGUGAAUAACGUGGCCGCCUUUGAGGUCACUCUCUCCACUUCCACAGCCACCAUCACCGUGGAUGUGAUGGAUGUGAACGAAGCCCCCAUCUUUGUGCCUCCUCAAAAGAGAGUGGAAGUGCCAGAAGACUUCAGCGUGGGCCUGGAGAUCACGUCCUACACCGCCCAGGAGCCUGACACAUUUAUGGAGCAGAAGAUCACGUAUCGGAUUUGGAGGGACGCUGCCAACUGGCUGGAGAUUAAUCCGGACACGGGUGCCAUUACCACUCGGGCUGAGCUGGACAGAGAGAACUUGGAGCACGUGAAGAACAGCACGUACACGGCCCUCAUCAUAGCCACUGACAACGGUUCUCCACCUGCUACUGGAACGGGAACCCUUCUCCUGUUCCUCUCCGAUGUGAAUGACAACGGCCCCAUACCAGAACCUCGGAUUAUGGACUUCUGCCAGAGGAAUCCACAGCCUCAUAUCAUCAGCAUCAUCGAUCCAGAUCUUCCCCCUAACACGUCUCCCUUUGCAGCAGAACUAACACACGGGGCAAGUGUCAACUGGACCAUUGAGUACAAUGACCCAGAACACGAAUCUCUCAUUUUGAAGCCAAAGAAGACUUUAGAGUUGGGAGACUACAAAAUAAAUCUCAAGCUCAUAGACAACCAGAACAAAGACCAGGUGACCACCUUAGAGGUGCACGUGUGCGACUGUGAAGGGGUCGUCAGCAACUGUAGGAAGACUGGGACUUUCAACCAGGCAGGACUGCAAGUUCCCGCCAUCCUGGGGAUUCUUGGAGGCAUCCUUGCUUUUCUGAUCCUGAUUCUGUUGCUUCUGCUACUUGUUCGGAGGAGAAGGGUGGUCAAAGAGCCCUUACUGCCCCCAGAAGACGACACUCGGGACAAUGUUUAUUACUAUGAUGAAGAAGGAGGUGGAGAAGAGGACCAGGACUUUGACUUGAGCCAGUUACACAGGGGCCUGGACGCUCGGCCCGAAGUGACUCGCAAUGAUGUGGCGCCAACCCUCAUGAGUGUGCCCCAGUAUCGGCCCCGCCCCGCCAACCCUGAUGAAAUUGGAAACUUUAUUGACGAAAACCUGAAGGCAGCUGAUAGUGACCCCACUGCCCCGCCCUAUGACUCUCUGCUCGUCUUUGAUUACGAAGGAAGUGGUUCUGAAGCUGCUAGUCUGAGCUCCCUGAACUCCUCGGAGUCAGACCAAGACCAGGACUACGACUACCUGAAUGAAUGGGGCAAUCGCUUCAAGAAGCUGGCGGACAUGUAUGGAGGCGGCGAAGAUGACUAGGGGACUCAAGACAGGUGGGGAGAGAGGUGGGUCCCUAUCCUCCUAUGACGGGAAAUGUAGGAAUAAUAUUCCUGGUGGUUUUCCAGCUCCCUUCACUUGAGAUAAAUUUCUGGAGAAGAGACACCGUGAUCACUGAUGCAGUUAGAAUAGUUAUGAUUUCCGGUUUAUAGAUCUAAUCUGUGUGUGUUAGAAAGAUUUUUGACUUUUCUUUGAAUCUUUUUUCCCCCUUUCAUCACUCUUUACAUGGUGAUGAUGCCCAAAAGACUCCUGAAUUUUAAUAUUUCAGGAGAAUAGCUUCAGCCUCAAGGGUCUACUAGCAAUUUUCAAAUUUUCUUAAGGAGUUAGUCUCAUUUUUAAAAGGAAGGGGAGGGGUCAAUUUCCCUAUUAUAUAUAUAUAUACAUUAAAAAGAUUAAUUUGUGUGCUUUUGUUCCUCCCAUCACUGCACUGGUGUUCCAUGUUCUAAAAUCCACUCUUACUACUUCGGAAUUCUGUUAAAUUUCUCUGAUGCAGAAAUUAAUGGGCCCUUUUGGGGAAAGAGACAUAUCUUAGUCUGGCCAUAUCCUGACCGGGUAUUAUGUACUCUUCAGACCUUUAACGGUUUUCCUUUUUCGUCUCCUGAGUAUGUUACUUGAAAUGGGCAUCUAUCCAAUGUACUUGUCCUGAGUAAGAAUGUUUGUUAUGUAAAUGUCAUUAUGGGGUACUUUGGUUCCACACAGGGAGCCUGGACCAGAAAAGGUGGUGAGUUUUCAGGUGCCACUGAACUUUAAAUGUUCAUUUAUCCCUAAAACAAAGGAGUGAUAUAUUCCGAGACUCAGAAUAGUGACUGAAGUGCUGCAGCCAAAGACAGAAGAUGACUUGUCACAGCAGAGCAGAAACAGGAAAAGUGGCAGUUUAGUCAACUGAGACUGAGGAUGGUUGAGGUGGUUCUACCUCUAGCCCUGAAAAUUCUGAAAGAGCACAGGAAUUUCAACAUGUGUUUCCUGCCAGGAUCUUUUGUACCCGAAGCACAGAAUCCCCAAGUGCCUGCUUUAGUUGAUUUCUACAGAAAAUGCUGGCUGAUCUGAACACAGUUGCCCCAAAUUCCAACUGUGUGUGAAAACUCAAGACUGUUUUAAAAUCCAUUUUCUUCCUCAGGAGCAGGAAGAAAACACUGCCGAAAGGGUGUUAGCAAGGGGAGGUGGAGGUAGGGAGACCCUUAAUUUGGGUCUUCUUUUAGUUGAAAUGCAACCUUCAAAAAACUUUCGACAACUACAGAAAAGAACUUUAUCCAAAUUGCUUCCUUACCUGUCAACUGUUUUGAGAAGGAAAAAACCAUCUCUGCAAUCACACUUCUUGGAAUUGUCUUGAUUUUUCAGCAAUUGAAACUCUAUCUAGUGUAGUUCUGUGUAGACAAUGCCACUAUAGUUUUGAGUUGUCUAUGUGUGUUGGUGCUGAUAAUUUUGUAUUUUCUUUGGGUGUGGAAAAGGAAAACAAUUCAAGCUGAAAAAUAUUAUUCUUAAAUGUUCAUUUUUAUAAUUUUAUUAAAGAAUUUUGUUAAACCGUU